AUGUCUGCGCAGCAGCUUCCCACGCGCGAGCGCCGUCCCUCGGCCAGUGCUCCGAUUGUCGACAUUCAGGGCUCUGUCAGCCCCGCUGGCAUCACCCGCCCCAAGCACAAGCGUACCUUUACCGGCUUCGGUGCUCAGGAGAUCAAGGGUGUUGAAGCUUCCAUCCCCGAGCCCCAGCGCGAGGCAUGGCUGAAGAACCAGGUUUCUGGUUUCAAGGACAAGGACCAGUUCGAGAAGGAGGUCGUCCGCCAUAUCGAGACCACCUUGGCCCGGAGCAUGUUCAACUGCGACGAGACUGCCGCCUACGCCGCCACCAGCCUGGCAUUCCGCGACCGCCUGAUUAUUGAGUGGAACCGCACCCAGCAGCGCCAGACGUUUGCCGACUCGAAGCGCGUAUACUACCUGAGUCUCGAGUUCCUGAUGGGUCGUGCCCUCGACAACGCCAUGCUCAACAUUGGCGGGAAGGAGAUUGCCCAGAGCGUGCUAACAAAAGCAGCUGGUCUGUCCGAGCUUGGUUUCCGCGUCGAGGACAUCAUCCAGCAAGAGCACGAUGCUGCGCUGGGCAAUGGCGGCCUUGGUCGCCUAGCUGCCUGCUUCCUCGACAGUCUCGCGUCGCUCAACUACCCUGCUUGGGGCUACGGUCUGCGCUACCGCUACGGCAUUUUUAAGCAGGAGAUCAUUGACGGCUACCAAGUGGAGGUGCCCGACUAUUGGCUGGACUUCAACCCGUGGGAGUUCCCCCGUCACGAUGUGACUGUGGAUAUCCAAUUCUAUGGCAACGUCAACAAGACGACCGACGACUCCGGCAAGGUCACUGCCCACUGGGAGGGUGGCGAGGUGGUUCGCGCUGUGGCCUACGACGUGCCCAUUCCCGGCUACGCCACUCCCUCCACCAACAACCUACGUCUGUGGUCCAGCCAGGCGUCUGGCGGCGAGUUUGACUUCCAAAAGUUCAACAACGGCGACUACGAGAGCUCCGUGGCCGAUCAGCAGCGCGCCGAGACCAUCAGCGCCGUGCUGUACCCCAACGACAACCUCGACCGCGGAAAGGAGCUGCGCCUGAAGCAGCAGUACUUCUGGGUGGCCGCUUCGCUCUACGACAUUGUGCGUCGUUUCAAGAAGACCAAGCGCGCCUGGCGCGAAUUCCCCGACCAGGUCGCCAUCCAGCUCAACGAUACCCACCCGACACUGGCCAUUGUCGAGCUGCAGCGCAUUCUCAUUGAUCUCGAAGGUCUUGACUGGGACGAUGCCUGGAACAUUGUGCAGCAGACGUUCGGCUAUACCAACCAUACCGUGCUUCCCGAGGCGCUUGAGAAGUGGUCUGUCGGCCUCUUCCAGCACCUUCUGCCGCGCCACCUCCAGAUCAUCUACGACAUCAACCUCUUCUUCCUGCAGAUGGUGGAGCGCAACUUCCCCAAGGACCGCGAUAUGCUGAGCCGCGUUUCCAUUAUUGAGGAGUCGCAGCCCAAGAUGAUCCGUAUGGCCUACCUGGCCAUUGUCGGCUCCCACAAGGUCAACGGCGUCGCCGAGCUGCACUCGGAUCUCAUCCGCACCACCAUCUUCAAGGACUUUGUCACCGUCUUCGGCCCGGACAAGUUCGUCAACGUCACCAACGGCAUUACGCCCCGCCGCUGGCUGCACCAGGCCAACCCCAAACUGUCGGCCCUGAUUGCCUCCAAGGCGGGCGGCCCCGAGCAUUUCCUCAAGGACCUGACUUUGCUCAACAAGAUUGAGCUGUUUGUCAACGACGCGGCGUUCCGCAAGGCGUGGGCCGAGAUCAAGCUGGCCAACAAGCAGCGCCUGGCCGAUUACAUCAAGACCACGACGGGCAUCGUUGUCAGCCCGACGGCGCUCUUUGAUGUGCAGGUGAAGCGUAUCCACGAGUACAAGCGCCAGCAGAUGAACAUCUUUGGUGUCAUCCACCGCUACCUGGUCCUCAGGUCGAUGUCGCCCGAGCAGCGCAAGCAGGUCCUCCCUCGCGUGUCCAUCUUCGGUGGCAAGGCGGCUCCCGGCUACUGGAUGGCCAAGCAGAUCAUCCACCUCAUCAACAGCGUGGGCACCGUAGUCAACAACGACCCAGAGAUUGGCGACGCACUCAAGGUGAUUUUCCUUGAAGAUUACAAUGUCAGCAAGGCUGAGAUCAUCAUCCCGGCCUCGGACAUCAGCGAACACAUUUCCACAGCCGGAACAGAGUACGUCCCCUUUUUGCAUUCGCGGGCUACCAAAUAA